AUCCUUAUGAGCAAAGAACCUUCAGCCUUGAUUACAGCUGCUGAUGUCCAGAGAUUCUCAGAGAUGAAGACUAAAAUCAGAAAAGAGAUGAAGACCCUCUACAAAACAGCAGAGAAUGCCUUUGCAGAGAUGGACUUCAACGGUAAUGGAUAUAUUGAGGAGGAAAGCUUCUUCCAGACCUUGCUGGGCUACAAGUUGCCUUACAGCCGAGAAGAGAUGCUACAGCUAUUUGAGCACGAAAAGUGGUUUAUCAGAGCUCCUGAGAAGAAACUGACUUAUGAGCUUUUCAAAUAAAUCUUUCUUCCCUCAAAGCUUUGUAGGCGAAGAGCAGGAAGAAAAAAAAGAUGCGAUAAAUUUCGAAAAAAUCAUUGGCGACAAAGCUAAGUCUGAUAUCCUUGUAUCACGGAUGAAGAAGAUUGAAGAUCUUCUUAGACAGAAGUUUUCUAACAACUGGACAUCAAUCAGAAAGGCAUUCCUUGAUAUCGACAUGGAUUAUGAUGGAUACAUCGUUGCAGAAGAUAUUGCAAGACAUUUUGGCAAAGAUAACAAAAAGUUUGAUUUUAGAGAUCUCAGAACAUUAAUAAAGAACAGAGAUUCCAAGAGGAAAGGUAAAAUUGAUUUCAAAGACUUCUGCAAAUGGAUGGGAGGCGCUAUCGAACCUAGCGAAACCUUCUACUUUAGACAUGAUUCUCUUAAGAAUCCUCAAUAUGAGGAGAAUCUUAUUAAGCAGAAUAAGAGCAGUGGGGAGUCAAAGAAGAUAGUCGCUGAUACAAUCAUGAAUAGUAAUCUUAUGAAGAGAAUUCUUGACAAAAUCUCUACUCAAUGGAAGACUCUCAAAUAAAGCUUUCUCUGAUCUAAACCAAGGCAAAAAUGGUUGGAUCUCAGAUAAGGAUCUCAAAAAGUACCUUGUAAACUGGGGUCUCAACAUUACUGAUGAGCAAUUCAAUGAAUUUUACAACUUCCUCGACUAUGACAAGGAUGGAUAUAUCACCUAUGAAGACUUAAAGCAGAGUGUUGGAAGUGUUAUCUCUCCAGUAGAAUUUCUCUAUUUCAGACAAGAUAUGCCUCUCCAGAAAGUAAUCAAGUGCAAGCAUUCAAAUUGCUGGGAAGAGACGAAAGGGAUGGGAAGUUAUUGCCCCAUGCACAAAAAGAUUGUCACUGACAAAACUCAGAGACUUCUUUUCAGAGUCCAGAAUAAACUUGGUGGAGAGAAUUGGAAUAUCUUUCUUUCUGAUCUUAAGAAAGGAUGUGAUCCUGUCUACCAGAACCAAAUAAAGAUUACAAAAUUCUUCAAAAUUUUGGGACAAUAUAAUUUAGAUAUUACCCAAACUGAUAAAAAUGAGAUAAUUGAAUGCUUUCACUUGAAAGAUGAGGGAAACGUCAAAGAGAUCAACGUAAAACCUAUCUUUGAGUUUGGCAAAACAAAGGCUAUCAACAAACUGUAUAAAUCUAUAAAUCUUGAGAAAAGAGAAGAUGAAGAAGAACUCAGCAUAAAUCAAAGAAAACUGAUGAUCAUCUCUGAAGAUGACUUCUUCAAAAUCUUGAGGCAGAAGACGAGCAUGGUUGAUUUUUGGAAGAACAUUAGGAAACAAGAUAGGGACUCAAAUGGCUUCCUGACUCUGAGCGAGCUUAGCUCUACAUUCCAAAGCUUUUAUCCCAAACUAGAAGGGAAGAGUUUGUUCAAGAUCUUCAAACCUUUCACCUCUAUCCAGAAUAAGCAGUUGGUGGAUUAUAAGAAGUUUAAAGAGUAUAUUGAAAGCAGAAUAAUGGCUUAUACACCACAAUCUCCAGUAAGAAGUCCCUAUAAACCAGAGAUGUCACGUAACAAUUAUAUCAGAGAGGCUCAAACAAUGCACCAGAAGAACCUCCCUUCUCUAGGCCGUGAGGUUAGGUCACCCUCAAUGCUUAGAAUGGAGCAGAUGAAGGAAGAGAUCCUUAAAGCUGCAGAUUCAUCACCUUUGUUCAAGGCUUCUAAAAAUUUAUCAAAGGUGAAAAAUGGAGUAAUGUCUCCAAAGCUAGAGAUUAAAAAGAGACCAGCUCUUGAUGGAUUGAUUAGCCCUAGGAAUAAAGAAGGAGGUGCUCAGAGAACUAGCAAUCAUCAGAUAUAUAAACAGAACCUGAUAACUGGUGGUAAAAGAGUCUUCUCUCCAGAUGGGAUUGAAUCUAAAUCAAAAAUUUCCCAAUUUUCUACCUUCUCAACUUCCUUCUUUCCUAAAUCAAAUGAUGCUUUGAAGCUAAAACUUGGAUAUGAAUGGAAGAAUAUCUUCAGAUCUCUCAGCUCUAUUGAUAUAAACUCCAGUGGAUUUGUGACAAAGAAAGAAUUCACAACUUGCCUUGAAAAGAAUGGGGUUAAUCUGACAAGAGAUGAACAUGUGAAACUAAUCAAAAAGUAUUCACAAAAUGGUGAAGUCAACUAUGUAAGAAUCUCAACUGAGUUAGGUCUCCACAAAAGCUCUUUUGAUUACAUGAAAUCUAGUCACAAGUAUCUCAAGAAUGCAUCCUUGCUUAAGUCUAUCCAAGGGAUCAACGAUAGUAAAUCUAAUCUUGGAGAGAUUGUGAAAGGAGCUCAGACUAAUAGAGUUCAUAGAGAGUCGAUCAAAGGAGUCACCCAAUUAGUACUUGAUAAUAAAAAGAUAUAAUAGAGAAAAUGAUUAAUGGCUUUGACAAAGACAAUUCAGGCACUAUAAACAGAACAGAUUUUAUGAAUAUACUCAAGACUGUAGGUAUUCACAUAGGCCCGAGUAGCUUUGCCCAGUACAACGUGAAGGGAGAUCAAAUUGACUAUAAUUCAUUUAUCCAUACCCAUACGGCUAAUUAAGUAGCAUUCCAUAAAUACUAAAAUAAAA